AUGUUUGCUAUUGGUAAUAUCAUUUUUCUUAUCAUCAUAUCUUUAUGUCAUGGUAUACCAACAACUGAUCGACAAUGUUUACCAGAUACAAUUGAUUUUAAUACUAAAGUAGAAAAAUCAUCAAUUGUUGUCUAUGGAAAAGUAAUGGCUAAAAUGUUAGAUGAAGAAAGUGAUUCAACAUUUCAUGUCUUCUUUCAAGUUGAUUGUAUUUUAAAAGGACCAGCAACAUUACGACAGAUUAAUAUAACAAAUGCUGGUCAUAUCGAAGGUAAAAAAUAUUGUCAAGAUUUUUCUGUUGGUCGUGGUUAUUCAAUAGCUUUUCUUGAACCAAUAUCAUCAAAUACAACUGAUUAUUAUACGUUUAUACCAGCUGAUUUUGUUGAAAUUCUCGUUGAAGAAAAUUCAACAAAUCUAUUAUUAGCUCGUACAUGUAAUCUUCAUCAAAUAGUACCUCGUCAAUCAUCAGCAUUAGCUAUGGAAGUAUGUCCAGCUGUUAGUACUGAUCCAAUAUGUCAUGAAACUGUCAAUGUAACAAUAACAGCAAUGACAAUUGAUAGUAGUCUCAUGAAUACAACCAAUGAUUUUUUAUCUGAUUUAACAACAAAUGAUAUUUUAUCUGAUUUAACAACAAAUAAUCUUUUAUCUGAUUUAACAACAAAUAAUCUUUUAUCUGAUUUAACAACAAAUAAUCUUUUAUCUGAUGUAACAACAAAUAUAUCAAAUGAAAUCGUAUCUACUUCAAAUGAAAAUGAAUUGUUACCAUCUCCAAUUGAUUCGGUAGAACAGGAAAUAAAUGCUAUUCGAAGUAAAUCCGAUAUACAUCAAAUUGAUGUUGAUCAACACAAUAAUGCUAAAUCGAUAACAUAUAGUACACUUUUUAUAAUAAUGGCUAUUAUCUUUUGUUCUAAUUAA